AUGACCUUCACAGCAAAGGCGGAGGCACCCCCCAUCACCGAGGAGGACGAAGCCGGCGGGAGGAUGCAGCUGCUCGGUGUAGAUGGGGCUGUUCCUCAACACACGGGAGUCGUGGACCGAGCCAGGAGGCAGAUCAGCCAACUGCUGGAAACCAGCAGAGAUCUCUUCCAGCUCUUCUGCGGGAGGAAAGGAGAUCAGGCGCCUCCGUAUCCUCAGGAUCUGGUCUGCCACCCAGUGCACAACAUCGCAGACCGGGGGACGUCAGAGGCCCACGCUACCACCCGUGACCUGAUGGGAGCCCUGAGCCAGGGGUUGAACCACACCAACCAGACCCUGGUCCAGGUGCAGGACCAGGACUCUGCUGCAGAAACCAAACUGGACUCCCUGAAGUCCGACGGCCAGAAGCUGGAGCGAACGGUUCAGGAGCUGCUGGACCAGCUGGAGCUGGUCAAGAACUCCGACGUCAGAGGGGCGACCGACAGCAUCAGGAAGUACUCCCUGCGGUCAGCGGCGGCGGCGGCGCGAGCCAACGCCUCGGCGGCGGAGACGUCGGCGUCGCUACGGAAACUGACGGAGGACAGACUGAACCGGACCCAGGAGGACUUCCUGAGGAGACACUCUGAGCGCGCUCAGGAACUGGACGACCUGGCGGGACGGCUUCAGACCCUGGACCUGUCAGGGGUCAGCCACCAGACCUGCGGCAGCGCGGUCCAGGGUCAGGACCCGUGCGCCUCGUCCCCCUGUGGGGGUCUGGGCUGCGUGGACUCUGAGGGUCUGGCCCGGUGCGGAGGGGACGGGUGCGACGGCGCCGUGACCAAAGCCAGCGAGGCCUGGAGGAGGUCCCGGGAGUCCCAGCAGCAGAUCCUCAGCGCCAUGGAGGAGGUGGACCAGCUGUCCAGGAUGGUCUCGGAGGCGAAGCUGCAGGCGGACCAGGCCAAGCUGAGCGCCCAGGACGUCCUCCUGAAGACCAACAGAACCCGGACCCGGGUGGAGCAGAGCAACCAGGAGCUGCGGAACCUGAUCCGCCAGAUCCGGGACUUCCUCACACAGGACGCUGCGGACCUGGACAGCAUCGAGCUGGUGUCCAGCGAGGUCCUGGCCCUGCAGAUCCCCACGUCGGCGGCUCAGCUGCAGAACCUGACCCGGGAGAUCCGGAUCAAGGUGGGACAGCUGGGACACGUGGAGACCGUCCUGGACCAGAGCGCCCGGGACAUCCAGAGAGCCGAGGACCUGCUGGACCAGGCCCGGCGGGCCAGUGAGGAGGCAGCAGCAGUCAGGGCCUCGGCUCAGCAGGUCCAGGAGGUUCUGGCUGCGGUGCAGAGAGCUCAGACGGCAGCAGGGGGCGCCGUCCGGCAGGCGGAGGCCGACAUCCUGAACACCAAGGGCCUGCUGUCCUCCGUGCAGUCGGAGACGGCGGACGCGGAGGAGAAGCUGAACAGCGCCACCCAGAGGCUGCAGAGGCUGGAGCGGGACGUGACGCUUCUGAAGGGCGGGGCUCUGAACGCCACGCGGAGCGCCCAGCUGACCAAUCGGGAGGCGGCGGCCGUCGGCAAGGCGGCGGAAGACCUGAAGAAGGGCCUGGACUCCGACCUGAGGGACAAGUACGCCGCCGUGGAGCGCCUGAUUGGCCAGACGGCCGGGGGCGUGGCCGACGCCAAGAAGAGGGCGGAGUCACUGCAACAGGAAGCCAAGAAGCUGCUGCUGCAGGCCGGAGAGCAGCUGCAGCAGCUGAGAGAUGUGGAGAAGUCGUACGAGGAGAACCAGCAGACUCUGGAGCAGAAGGCGGAGCAGCUGCAGCAGCUGGAGGCGGCGGUGAAGCAGCUGCUGCAGGACAUCAGCCGCAAGGUGACGGUGUACUCCACCUGCCUCUUCUGACCCCGCCCCCACCGAGGCCCCGCCCCUACCCGCCUGGUCUGACCCCGCCCAAGGCUCCGCCCCCACCUGUCAAACAUUUGGUUCGUAGUGUUCACUUUCAGCCACUCCUGUUUGAAUAAAGUUUG